AUGGCCUCCACCUCCACCUCCGCCGCCGCCGCCGCCACCGCCGCAUCCCGCGGCGGCGCGCGGGAUUGGCGCACCGCGAUCCUCACCCUCCGCGACGAGUCGCUGGCCUCGCCGUGCCCCCCGGCCCUCCUCGCGCUCCUCCGCCGCGUCCUCCUCUCUCACUCCUCCUCCUCCUCCCUCGCCGCGUCCGCCGCCGCGCUCUCCCCUCACGAGGUGGGCUCCGAUGUGGCGUUCCUCGCGGAGACGGCCGCGGCGGUGGGCUCCUGCGACGGUGCCGACGAUGCGCUGCGCGGGGUUUGCCACCUGAUUCAUGAUAUCAUGUGCAAAACAAAUAUGGAGAUCAACUCAUCUUGUUUACUGGCAAUGCUGAAGUUCCUUGAUGUGCUUAUGCAAUGCUCAUUGGAGGGUGCAUGUGGUAAGGGCCUCUCUGCUAGGAAAACUGCAUUGGACACGGUAUCUGAAUGUUUACAGAUCCUCAGAUUUUUGAGCAAAGAUUUUGGUGGAAGUACUUCUUUACCUGAGAAUGUACAUUUGCUUCGAGCGCUUAUCUCAAUUGUUUCAUGCAUGCAAUCUGAGCUAAACCUCUUGGAUAGACCUAAUGGUGCUGGUUUUUCUUCCCACACAUCUGGACUAAUAAAUAAUAGAAAUUCAAAUAUCUGGGAUAUGGAAGUUUCUGCAUUUUCCAUGAUUGAAGAUACACUAUCUAAGAUUGCAUCAAAUUUAUCAGAAGAUUUGUGGCAAUCUGUUGUUGAGGUCUUGAGGAAGGUGAUGGAUUUUUUGACAGCAAGGAACUUUAUUAUAGAGAAUAACAUUAUGUCAAGAUUUUAUACCUCAUUUCUUCGUUGUCUGCAUUCUGUCCUUUCAGACCCCAAAGGCUCACUUUCCGCACAUGUACCAGGGAUUGUUGCGAACUUGCAAAUAUUUUUUGUGUACGGGCUAAAGUCAUCACCGCCUGCGAUAACUCCAGUGGAAUAUAAAACGGUCUCAAAAUCAAGUGCUGGGCGAUAUAAACCACCUCAUUUACGUGAGAGGAGUGGAAAGGGGGAUGAUUCAUUUGACGGUCGAAGUUCAGAUAAUGAAUCCUGUCGAUAUGAUGUAAGCUCAUCAGAUUCAGAUAUGAGUGAUAGCGAUGGAUACGUAAAAACUGGAGAUCGUUUCCGAAGUUCAAAGGCUAGGUUAACUGCCAUCGUUUGCAUACAGGAUAUUUGUCGUGCUGACCCCAAGUUACUUACUUCACUAUGGCCGUUACUUUUACCUGAGAGUGAUGUUCUCCAACAAAGAAAAUAUCAAGCAACUUUGAUGACAUGCUUGAUUUUUGAUCCUGUAACAAAGGUGCGUAUUGAGGCAGCAUCAACCAUUGCUGCUAUGCUGGAAGGACAAGCAUUAGUUUUGACACAAGUUGCCGAGUACAAGGAGUCAUCAAGACGUGGAUCUUUCACUACACUGUCUUGUUCACUUGGUCAAAUUCUUAUGCAGCUGCAUACAGGAAUGAUGUACUUGAUACAGCGUGAAACUCAAACUACUUUGCUUGCAGCAUUGUUCAAAGUUUUCAUCCUUUUGAUAUCCGUUACACCGUAUGCUCGUAUGCCAAAGGAGUUAUUGCCAACGGUCAUCACAGAUAUGUGCAAGAGAUUGUUGGACAGACACUUGAAUAAGACUGAGCAAUAUGCCUCGCUGGUUAAUGUCCUAAAUUGCUUGGAGGCAGCAUUUUCAAAAGAACCACCUUCUUCAAAUGUUUUUGAAGUUCUCACUCAAGAGGGCUGUGCUGGAGCAUCACAUGCUCAGCAAGAGUCUAGUGUGAUAGCUGUUCUUCUUCAUUGCAUAGAACAGGAAAUGCAUUUCAGUGUGAGAUGUGGAGCUCUCCAGGUGCUGAGAUCAGCAGUUCAUAAUUAUCCAAGAUGUGCGAAUAUCAUUUGGACAAAAGUUCGAGAUAUUGUUCUUGAUCUAUUGCAAAUGCAAAGCUUGGAAGACCGAGAUGCUAAUGUUGGGCCUCCUAAAGAAGAAUCAUCAGUUAAAGGAAGAUGUCUAGUGGUUGGCAUGAAGGUAAUAGACGAGUGUCUGCGUGUUUCAUCUGGAUUCAAGGGAGCUGAUGACCUCAAAGAAUGUAGAUUGCAAGAUAUUCAGCACAUUUCUGAUUGUACCAUAAACAAAACUGUCAAAUCUGCACCUCACUUUGAGAUUGAUGUUCCUGGACCAUCACAAAAUUUUACUUUGGACAUUACCCUUGGAACGAAUCGUUGGAUUGAGGUUAUAGAAACGCUUCUCCCUCAAGGAUUAUCGCACAUCUCUGCUACGGUCAGGACAGCAUCGCUGACAUGUUUCGCAGGCAUGACUUAUGAUGUUUUCUUCUCCUUGCCAGAAAGCAAGAGAGAUUAUGUGACUUCCUCAUCGAUUCAUGCAGCAUUGAGUGAUACAGUUCCUACUGUAAGAUCUGCUGCAUGUAGAGCCAUUGGUAUUGUUGCAUGUUUCCCUAUAAUACUGUCAAGUCCUAGCUUACCUGGCAAGUUCAUAGAUGCCAUUGAGUUUAACACACGGAAUUCAUCAACUCCAGUUCGUGUCACUGCUUCAUGGGCGCUGGCAAAUCUUUGUUCUUCUAUUCGUUUUAGAGCAUUAGGUACCAAUCCCUCUGCAGGUGUACUAGAUAAAUCAGCCAUACCAUUGCUGGUAGAAAUUGCUUUGCGCCUUGCCAAAGAUGGUGAAAAGGUCAAAUCAAAUGCUGUUAGGGCUCUUGGAUACCUCUUAAGAUUUAUCAGAUUCAAUUAUCAUUCUGACACAGUUGAUGACACAAGUAAUUCAGUUUUCAAGGGAGAUCCUGUCUGGCUUGAAAGGAUGGUACAUGCUUUGAUAUCCUGUGUGACAACAGGAAAUGUAAAGGUUCAAUGGAAUGUUUGCCAUGCUCUUAGCAACUUAUUCAUGAAUGAGACCUUGAGACUUCCAGAUAUGCCUUGGGCAUCAAGUGUGUAUAGCAUACUUCUACUACUACUACGUGACUCGAACAAUUACAAGAUAAGGAUGCAUGCAGCUGUUGCCUUAGCAGUUCCAGUCUCACGGCUUGAUUAUGGUUGCUCAUUUCCAGAUGUUGUUCGAGGAAUUGAGCAUGUUCUUGAGUCAUUGAGUUCCAACAGUUUGUCAUCACCUUCAAAUUUCAAACACAGAGACAACCUUGAGAAACAGGUUACGUUUACUGCUCUUCAUUUGUUUAGUUUUGUUUCACCGAAAGAUGAUCAAAGCCUGAGAGAUUUCCUUAUCAAGAAAGCAUCGUUUCUAGAAGAUUGGCUGAAAUCAUUAUGCUCAUUGUUCAAUAAUGUUGAGGACCAGCCUUUGGCAAAUGAGGCCAUAAAUGAUGAGGAUGGUUUCAGCCCAAACGUGGCACAAAAAUUCAUGCUAUCUUCUGCUGUGAAGUCCUUGGUUGACGUAUAUACAAGUGAAGAUCAGCACACAUUUGCUCAGAGAUUUGAGCAAUUGGCGAGAAGCCUAGAAUCAGUGUGAAGGGCAAGCAUGGAUGGUGGUCUCCAUCCCCAUUAACAAGCAGCAUGACGUUGGCCGUCUACCUCCCGGGAAAGCCAACUCAUCGUCAAUUCAUUCUCAGUCUCUUUCAUAAAGAGAGGCAACAUGUCCUGUUCCAAGUAUUCCCUGGACUCAAUGAAGCUUCUGAAUUUUGGUGAUACCAGAUUUUGGACACUAUGUUCAUGCACAGGCUCCUGGCAGUUUACACAGAUUGCGUGACCGUAUUUGAAUGUUUUAUUGAUGUUGUAAAAUAGCUUUUCCUUUUUUUUUCCCAGGUGUGGCAUGUUCUGCACCUUAUGUAAAGCUCAAACCUUUAUAAAAAAAAUUGCAUUAAUAUCAUCCUGAGUGCACCAUACAUGUCUCAAUCCUUUGGAGGAAUUUUUGUCAGUACAUUUCUGGUAGACCACAUAGCAUCAUGCUACUUAACAUUUGUCCUGGACUUUAAUGCC